CGGAGCUUCGAGAAGUCAAGGCGACGACCCCAAAAGACGAUGGCCGAACACGAGAGCCUCGAGUUCGGCAUGGCCGACUUUGUGCUCCUGGACAACGUGUCCAUGGAGGACUUCAUGGCCAACCUCAAGCUCAGGUUCGAGAAGGGAAGAAUCUACAGUUACAUCGGCGAGGUGGUGGUGUCGGUCAACCCUUACCGCGCCAUGAACAUCUACGGCCGCGACGUGGUGGAGCAGUACAAAGGCCGCGAGCUCUACGAGAGGCCGCCGCACCUCUUCGCCAUCGCCGACGCCGCCUACAAAGCCAUGAAGAGACGCAACAAAGACACCUGUAUCGUCAUCUCGGGGGAAAGCGGGGCCGGAAAGACGGAAGCCAGCAAGUACAUCAUGCAGUACAUCGCCGCUAUCACCAACCCCAACCAGCGGGCCGAGGUUGAGAGGGUGAAGAACAUGCUGCUCAAGUCCAACUGCGUCCUGGAGGCUUUCGGGAACGCGAAGACCAACCGCAACGACAACUCCAGCCGCUUCGGCAAGUACAUGGACAUCAACUUCGACUUCAAGGGAGACCCCAUCGGCGGCCACAUCAGCAACUACCUGCUAGAGAAGUCCAGAGUGAUUGUCCAGCAAGAAGGAGAGCGGAGCUUCCACUCUUUCUACCAGCUGCUGAGAGGAGCUCCCGAUGCGCUGCUGCGUUCUCUCCAUGUCCAAAGGGACCCCAAAAGCUACAACUACAUCAAAGUGGGCGGCCAGCUAAAGUCAUGCAUCAAUGACGGCGCUGAUUUCAAAGCCGUGGCCGACGCCAUGAAAGUGAUCGGCUUCACGGGGGAUGAGGUCCUGACGGCUUACAAGAUCCAGGCCACCAUCUUGCACCUGGGCAACUUGACGUUCGGUGUGGACGGCGACGUGACGCUGAUCGAGACCACCAAGCUGGUGUCGAUCAUGGCCGAGCUGCUGUCCACCAAGCGGGACAACGUGGAGAAGGCUCUGCUGUUCCGCACUGUGGCCACGGGUCGCGACGUCAUCGAGAAGCAGCACACGGCGCAAGAGGCCGGCUACGGGCGCGACGCCCUUGCUAAGGCCAUGUAUGAGCGUCUCUUCUGUUGGAUUGUGGGACGCAUCAACGACAUCAUCCAGGUGAAAAACUACGAUGCCAGGGUCCACGGGAAGAACACGGUCAUCGGGGUUCUGGACAUCUAUGGCUUUGAGAUCUUCCAGAACAACAGCUUUGAGCAGUUCUGCAUCAACUAUUGCAACGAGAAGCUGCAGCAGCUCUUCAUCCAGCUGGUGUUAAAGCAGGAGCAGGAGGAGUACCAGCGAGAAGGGAUCCCAUGGAAACACAUCGACUUCUUCAACAACCAGAUCAUUGUGGACCUGGUAGAGCAGCAGCAUAAGGGCAUCUUCUCUGUGCUGGACGAAGCCUGCAUGAACGUGGGCAAAGUCACCGAUGAGCUUUUCCUGCAGGGACUCAAUGGCAAGCUGGCCAAACACGCUCACUACACCAGCCGCAAGCUGUCACCGACCGACAAGAGUUUGGAGUUUGACCGAGACUUUCGCAUCCGCCACUACGCCGGCGAUGUGGUUUACUCGGUGGUGGGUUUCAUCGACAAGAAUAAAGACACACUGUUCCAGGACUUCAAGAGGCUGCUCUACAACAGUUCCAACCCGGUCCUGAAGGCCAUGUGGCCCGAGGGCAAGCUGAGCAUCACCGAGGUCACCAAGCGCCCACUCACCGCCGCCACGCUCUUCAAAAACUCGAUGAUCUCCUUGGUGGAGAACCUUGCGAGCAAGGAGCCCUACUACGUGCGCUGCAUCAAGCCCAACGACGUGAAGUCGCCGCUGCUCUUUGAGCGCGAGCGUUGCCGCCACCAGGUGGAGUACCUGGGCCUGCUGGAGAACGUGCGAGUGCGCCGGGCCGGUUUCGCCUACAGACAGACGUACCCGCGAUUCCUGCAGAGGUACAAGAUGAUCUCGGAGUUCACGUGGCCUAACCACGACCUUCCUUCGGACAAGGAGGCAGUCAAGAGGCUCCUGCAGGGCUGCCAUUUUGACGACGACGUGGCCUACGGCAAGACCAAAGUGUUUGUGCGCACGCCACGCACGCUCUUCAGCCUGGAGGAGCAGCGUGCCGAGAUGCUCCAGAGGAUCGUCCUCUUCCUGCAGAAGGUGUGGAGGGGCACCAUCGCCCGGAUCCGGUACCGGCGCAUGCGGGCGGCCAUGGUCAUCCUGCGGGCCUACCGCCACUACAAGGUCAAGUCGUACGUCCGCGAGCUCAACCGCCGCUUCCGCAACGUGCGCUCCAUGAAGGACCGCGGCCGGCACGUCAAGUGGCCCACGCCGCCCAAAGUGCUACGCAAGUUCGAGGAGGCGCUCAGGAACAUCUACAACAGGUGGUGGGCAUGGAUGCUGAUCAAAGGCCUCACUGCGGAGGAGGCUCUGCAGGUGAGGGCCAAGGUGGCCUGCCUGGAGGCCCUCAAGGGCCACAGGGCUGACCUGGGGCUACAGAGGGCCUGGGAAGGGAACUACCUGAAGCGAGACAGCCCCAAUAGCACGGCGUCCUUCACGUUGGUCUCCAGUGAGCUGCAGCGCAAAGACAAAUUCAUGCGGGUGCUGUUUGCGUGCAACGUGCGCAAAAUCAACCGCUUCCACAAGGCGGAGGACAGAGCUGUGCUCAUCACCGACCGCCACCUGUACAAGAUGGACCCCCUCAGGCAGUACAAACCCAUGAAGAGCAUCCCCCUCUACAACGUGACGGGCGUGAGUGUGUCGCCGGGCAAGGACCAGCUGGUGGUGUUCCACACUAAGGACAGCCGCGACUUGGUGGUGUGCCUGCAGGGCCUGGUGCCUGCCAACGAGAGCCGCAUCGGUGAGCUGGUGGGCGCCCUGCUCAGCCACUUCAAGAGCGAGCGGCGGAAGCUGCAGGUGAACAUCUCCAGCCCCAUCCAGUGCAGCAUGAACGGCAGGAAGUGCACGGUCGUGGUGGAGCCCAAGAUCAACCAAUCGCAGCCCGACUUCACCAAGAGCCGCGCCGGCUACGUGUUGGCCGUCCCCGCCAACUGAAAGGCGGCGUGGGGCGGCGAUCACGACGGCGCCCCCCAGCAGGCCGGGAAGGUGAUUGACUUGUCUGUUUUGGGCGGGGUUCACUCAAUCGCCCAAUCACAGCUUUGAAAAGUUAGCACUGCUGGAUCAUCCACCAAAGUGAUGUUAUUUCCCUCUUUUUUUUAUUUGCUUUGUGCAAUAUUGACUGCUUUUUGUUGUCACUUUGAAGGUGAAUAACUUUUUAUGAAGGGUUUAAAGUGGAAGAUCAAUAAUUGUAAAUGGUCGUCCUUGCCAAAGGCUUUUCUUGAUUUUUAUCUUUUUUUUUUUUUUUUUUUUUUAUUUUGGUUUUUUUGCUGCGAUGUGCUGAGCACAUCUGCGAUUUAAUUUAAAAGUGUCAUGCGCAGCACACAUUUAAUACAUAUUUAAUACACAAACAGCAGCACAGUGCCCAAGUGGCUCACAGUUGGGAGUCUCAGCUCGUAUGUUCUCCUCAUGCUUGCGUGAUUUUUUCAUCGGCUACUCCGGUUUACCAAAAACACUUACGUUAGCUUUAUUGGAGUCUCUAAUUCAACGAUUCUCAAACUAUGGUCCCAGGGGGUCUACAAAAUAAUCGUAUCGUUUAAAAAAAGUGCGUUACUACUGUGCAUAUGAGGACUGGCGCACUAAUAAAACAAACAUAAUAACCAGUGACUCCUCCCUAUGUUAGCUUUGGCCAAUUGAAAGCGUUGCUAUGAUUGCAUCAUCACAUCUGUAAUCCCUGCAUCAAUAAAGUUAUUUUAGAACAAAAAGUUUAUUAGUGCAGGAAUAGAGUCCCUUUUUGGGAAUAAAUGGCAGAACAGAAUAAAUGUGAUAUUUUUUUUUUUUCCAGGAUAAAAAGCUUGAUACACAGUAGUGCCUUGAAAUUCGAGUUUAAUAUUUUCCGUCAUAUCAUCUUUCUUUUCUCCAUCUUUCUCUUUCUGCCAUUAAGCCAUUCUAGCCUCCGUCCCCAAAAAAUUAAAAAUUUAAAUUUUGAAUUUUUGAUGAUGAAAGUAACACUAUAAUAUUGUACUUUAUAGAAAUAUAUCUUAAUAACAUAACUAUAUAGAAUGCAAAGAAUUAAACAGUUUGUGCAUGAUUUGUUCCAUGCAGCGCCUUCUGGUGGGCUUGACUUGGCCACCGGGGGCAGUAUAAUACAGUCAUGCAGACACAAACAUAGAAGAGUUUCACAACUACUGUAAGUGGCUCGGUGAGCUGCAGUAAUAUGAGUCGUUUUUCGUAGAGGAUAAAGAAUAUAUGCCUGUGAGUACUAUGUGUUUGCUGCACCAAAAACAGCGGAAAGACAGCUCGAGAAACACGUAAAUCGGGUAAUUCGGAUCCCAAGGCACUACUGUGUUACAAGAAUAACGUUGCAUUUCGUAAAUUCACUUGUCUCAAUUGUCAAAAAUGAAUCAAGGAAACCUCAGUGGAAUCAAAUAUGACACGUUUUCAUGUCAGGGUGUGUUAGCCACCGUGCUAACACAUGCUAACAGGUGCCAAUGCACGAACCCAAAGGAGAGACACACACACACACAAUGUAGUACGUCAUGUCGUGUGACAAAGUGUGUUUGUAAAGUGAGUAGUGGUUUGUGUUCAGUGGCGCAGAGCUGAAGUGGAGAGUGCGUGCGCUCGAGACCUCGAUCUGCUCGUUAUGUCGUUACUUUCCGCUCGGCCUCUGAAGCGACACACAGUCACGCCAAGAAGAAGAAGAAGAAGAAAAGCGGAAAAGUAGGAGGAAAACCUCCUCUAUCCCCUUCUUCCUCCCCCACUUGUUCCCUUUUCUUCCUCUGUCCUUCCUUUAUCACUUCCUUCCUAAUUUGUUCCUUUCUCCCGUCUCGACUAAAUACUUCCUCCCGUUGUUGCCUUUGUGACUUUUGCCUUUAUCGCUAUUACCCGACAUAUCCCUCCGUACUUUGCCCCCUUUCCAUCCUUCCUUCCCCUCUUCCUUCCCUGGCUCGGACUGUCCCUCUUCCCCUCCGUCCUCCACUUCUCACCAAUCCUUACAAUGCGGAAGUGCACAUUUCAAAAUGACUCCUGUUGUAUGUGCGCGCCAUUUGCGUGUCCUCGGUCGUCCCCGUGUGUGCGUCGUGCGCCAAAUUGCCGUCAUUCUCCGUAAUUUAUUGUGCGUGUAUUGUAUGUACAUGCAUUCACAUGUGCCUCAUUUGAAAUCCCUUCUGCAUAUAUUUGUCAUAGGAAUAAACAAUACAUUCAUGA